ACCAAUUCGUCACUGAACAUAGUUCCAUGCUUCCCGACCUGUUUCAAAGCCAUUUUGUGAGUUGACACACCACGCGGUUCAAGCAUAAGCAAUAUAAUGACUUGCGCGACUCCCAUAUCGAAGAAAAAGAAGUUUGUGGCAGAUGGAGUAUUUAGAGCCGAAUUGAAUGAGUUUUUAACCAGAGAACUAGCUGAAGAAGGUUAUUCUGGUGUUGAGGUCCGUGAAACUCCUAGCAGGACUGAAAUUAUUAUUAUGGCCACCAGAACUCAAAGUGUUCUAGGAGAAAAAGGAAGGCGUAUUAGAGAAUUAACUUCAGUUGUGCAAAAGAGAUUUAACUUUCAGCCACAAUCUUUAGAUUUAUAUGCUGAAAAAGUCCCAACUAGAGGUUUAUGUGCUAUUGCUCAAGCUGAAUCUUUGAGGUACAAGUUGAUAGGGGGUCUGGCUGUCCGUAGAGCUUGUUAUGGAGUUCUGAGAUUCAUCAUGGAAAAUGGAGCCAAAGGGUGUGAAGUAGUAGUUUCAGGAAAACUUAGAGGCCAAAGAGCUAAGUCCAUGAAAUUUGUUGAUGGCCUUAUGAUCCACAGUGGUGACCCAUGUAAUGAAUAUGUAAAUUCAGCUACCCGCCAUGUAUUAUUGAGACAAGGAGUACUUGGUAUCAAAGUUAAAAUUAUGUUACCAUGGGAUCCAACAGGAAAGAAUGGACCUAAGAAUCCUCUGCCUGACAACGUUUGUGUUGUCAAUCCUAAAGAUGAAAUUAUUCCUUCUGAUAUUAAGACUAUGGGAAUCGAAUUACAUCCACCAGCUAUUAUUUAAAUUUUGUUUUGCUAUGGAACAAUUUUUUUUUACCCAAUUGUAACAUUGUAAAACAAAUAAAUUUUUUAAAAAUUC